AUGACACUGGCCUCAUGGAUGGAUGAGAGCAGCUCGUUUGCUCCAGACGCAAGAACUGCGAAGCAUACACCAUUUUUUGAACCUGUGGUAAAUUCUUUCAAUGACGGUGGAUACAGGCCAAAUGUCUCCUAUCACUAUAAUCCCAAUGUUUCGGCAUACCACUAUGGUGUACGACAUCCGAUGAAACCGUUUAGGUUGAUGCUCACAGACCAUUUGGUAAUAGGAUACAAGCUGCAUGAGCAAAUGGACCUCUAUGAAACGAGACGAGCUACUGAGGAGGAGCUGCUAAACUUCCAUUCAGCAGAUUAUAUAGAGUUUUUACAACGUAUCACUCCAGAGAACUCUACCAAGUUUGCAGAUGACUUGAAAAAAUUCAACAUUGGUGACGACUGUCCUGUGUUUGACGGUAUGUACGAUUAUUGUCAGUAUUAUGCAGGUGCCUCUUUGGAUGCAUCCAGAAAGUUGAUAUCCGGGAUGAGUGACAUUGCAAUCAACUGGUCUGGUGGGUUGCACCAUGCUAAAAAGUACGAGCCUAGUGGAUUUUGUUAUGUCAACGAUAUAGUGAUGGCAAUUCUCAACCUUCUACGAGUUCAUUCAAGAAUCUUGUACAUAGAUAUAGAUUUGCACCAUGGUGACGGUGUCCAAGAGGCAUUCUAUCUGACGGAUAGAGUGAUGACAGUUUCCUUCCACAAAUACAACGGAGAGUUUUUCCCGGGAACAGGUAAUUAUGAUGAGGUUGGUGUCGGCAAAGGUAAGCAUUUUGCUCUCAAUGUUCCAUUACAAGACGGUAUUGAUGAUGAGUCCUACGUGAGACUAUUCAAAUCUGUCAUUGAACCUGUGAUAGCGAAGUUCAGACCAACUGCAAUCAUACAGCAAUGUGGUGCAGACUCCCUUGGUUGUGACCGUUUGGGCUGCUUUAAUUUGAAUAUCAAAGCUCACGGUGAAUGUGUCAAAUAUGUUAAAAGUUUCGGUGUACCCAUGCUCUGUCUAGGUGGUGGUGGAUAUACGCCUAGAAAUGUGAGCAGACUUUGGUGUUACGAGACAAGUGUUUUGGCAAAUGUGGAAUUGAAUUCGAAGCUACCAGACUCUUUACCGUUUAGAUCGUGGUUUCAACCUGAUUACUCGCUACAUCCUAAUUUGGGUGAUCGGUUUGAGAACAAAAACACAAAAAAGUACUUGGACAACCUGAGAGUUCAGCUCUUGGAAAACCUCCGAUAUUUGAAUCAAGCACCGUCAGUUCAGAUGCAAGAAAUACCUCCCGAUCUACAAAAUAUAACCGAUGAUAAAGAAGCUCAAUUAGUAGACAGAAUAAAACGUGAGAGUGAGAUCGAUAAAUACAAGGAUGCAGAGAGGUACUACGUGAACAAGAAAGAUGAAAGUAGACGUGGUGAGCUGCUGGAUUAG